AUGGCUCGUUUCUCAGGAAAAGUCGCUAUUGUUACAGGAUCUUCCAAUGGAAUCGGACGUGCUACUGCUAUCCUUCUAGCAUCUGAAGGUGCCAAGGUGACAAUCACUGGAAGAGAUUCUGAAAGACUCGAGGAAACAAGACAAGCAGUUUUGAAGGCAGGAGUCCAAGAAGCGAACGUCAAUGCUGUGGUUGCAGAUAUCACAACUUCCAAAGGUCAAGAUCUCAUAAUCUCUUCAACAUUGAAGAAAUCAACAACGGGGGUGAGAAUUGAGGGUGCGACGCCGCUACCGACUGAGCCACGCGGGCAAAGAGAAAGCGGCCUCCCAAUUGCAUACAUGAAGACGAGGCGACACUCCCGGCGACCACAAAAAAAUAUGCAAAAUAUCUCUGCACUUGAUAAUUCCUCCAUGAGCUGUUGA